AAAAAAAAACCAACGGAGUUUGCUAACUUGAACGCUACUUCCAGUAACUGGCACCACAAACAGCAGACUCUUGGCAAGUCCAAUCAUGAUGCCUUUCCAGAUCUACAGCAACUCCCUCCUCCUCAUCUUUGGUAGAUGUUCCUCGCCCAAUCAACUCUCCCUGUGAAAACAAUGGCCGUCCGGUGAUUCGGGCUUCGAAAACAUGGAGACCCAACUUAAAGACCUCCAUCCUACUCAAGGCCAACGCCAACCAAAGCCCGAGCUCUCCGAACGAUCCGAAUCCAUCCACUACGAGGGCUCCACCAAAGAUGACCGCUCGCUCCUCAAGCCUGAGUCCUCCUCCUCCUCCACCUCCUCCUCCAUCCUUAUUUCCAACGAGAGCCUCGAGGAGCUGGAGAAGAAGUUCGCUGCUUUUGUUCGACAUGACGCGUACGGACCAAUGGGACGCGGCGAGCUGUCCUUGGAGGAGAAGGUCCUGCUUGCCAUCGCGUGGGUAAUCCUGGUGCCGAUACGCGUGGUCUUCGCCAUCAGCCUUCUGCUUUUGUACUAUGUGAUAUGCCGGAUUUGCACGCUGUUUUCGGCGCCGAAUCGGGAAGACGAUGAGCAGGAGGAUUAUGCGCACAUGGGCGGCUGGAGGAGGGCUGUAAUUGUCCAGUGUGGGAAGUUCCUUUCCAGGAUCAUGCUUUUCGCUUUCGGUUUUUAUUGGAUCAAAGAGAGGUUCCGAAUUCCUGACAAUGACGACAAGUCAUCUGCCGCUUUGAACGAGGUCAAAGAUGUGUGUGAAGAGCCUGAAAGACCUGGGGCAAUUAUAUCUAACCAUGUCUCCUAUAUAGACAUUUUGUAUCACAUGUCUUCAUUCUUCCCGAGCUUUGUUGCUAAGCGAUCAGUGGCUAAACUUCCUCUAGUUGGUCUCAUCAGCAAGUGCCUUGGUUGUGUUUAUGUUCAGCGGGAGUCAAAGUCAUCUGAUUUCAAGGGUGUUUCAGGUGUUGUGACUGAAAGAGUUAAAGAAGCUCAUCAAGACAAGUCUGCUCCAAUAAUGAUGCUUUUUCCUGAAGGCACAACUACAAAUGGAGACUUCCUCCUGCCAUUCAAGACAGGUGCAUUUUUAGCAAAAGCGCCAGUGCUUCCAGUGAUCCUACGGUAUCCUUUCCAAAGAUUUAGUCCUGCCUGGGAUUCAAUAUCUGGGGUGAGACAUGUCAUUUUUCUUCUCUCUCAAUUUGUAAAUCACUUAGAGGUGAUACGAUUACCUAUUUACUACCCCUCGCAGCAAGAAAAGGAUGAUCCAAAACUUUAUGCCUACAAUCUUAGAAGGUUGAUGGCAAGCGAGGGCAAUUUGAUUUAUUCAGAUAUUGGGCUGCCCGAAAAAAGGAUCUAUCUUGCUGCUCUCAAUGGUUUGUUAUGCCAACACUAAUUUGGAGCUAUCUGUUAUAUCUCUGUAUGGUUAUGUUAUUUAUUGAAAAACAAAUUGAAAGUUUAUACAGAAAUCAUGUGCUGAACAAGUAUCUCUAUGGCCCGAUGUGUUUGAACACUCCUCAAUUAUGACAUGUUUUGGUUGAACUAAGCCGAGCCCAAGUACCAUACGGUGAUGCAAAAUGCAAGCAAUAUGGGAAAUAUAGAGUCCAGCGCCAAGAUUUUUGUUGCAGAAAUAAGAAGAGGCUGGCACAAAAGGCAAGCUAUCGAUGUUUGUUCUAGUUUUUUUUUUUCCUCAUUUGCAUUCUUUGCCCAAGGCUAACAAGUGAAGGCUCUAUUGUGUUUGAUUUAUUUACUGUUCUUUUGGACAAUUUUACUGAGUGAAACAGUGCAGUUUUACUGGA